AUGUCCCCAACCGGCACCCCCUUUGCGGAUCCCCUCUGGCUCACUCGCCCCCUCACCAUCAGUCCCUACUACACCCUCUCUCACCACCGCCUCCAGCGCGAAGUCAGAGACUAUGUAGACACGCACAUCGCCCCGUUCUGCGACGAAUGGGAGUCGCAGGGCUUCGUUCCGCCCGAGGCCCAACAAUACCACGCGAGAAAAGGAUACACCGCCGCGGGAGUCUACCCCCUCGCGACCGCCCACAUCCAGCAAUCCAACCAACGCCUCCCCGCCGACAUCCCCGCCUCCCAAUGGGACGCCUUCCACGACCUGAUCGUGAUCGACGAGCUCGCGCGCUGCGGAUACCUAGGCGUAGUAUGGGCGCUUGGGUGCGGGAACGCGAUUGGGGCGCCGCCAGUCGUGCAGUUCGGGAAUGCCGAGCAGAAAGAACGGUUUCUGGGACCGCUGGUCCGAGGGGAGGUGCGGUUUUGCCUUGGGGUUACGGAGCCGGAUGCGGGUUCUGAUGUCGCGGGAAUCACAACGACGGCGGAGCGACGGGGUAACGUGUAUGUGGUGAAUGGAGCGAAGAAGUGGAUCACGAAUGGAAUCUUUGCAGAUUAUUGUACGGCGGCGGUGCGGACGGGGGGCCCGGGGAUUGCGGGCAUUUCGGCGUUGGUCAUUCCGUUGAAGGGCACGCCCGGGGUUACAUGUCGGAAGAUACGCAAUUCGGGGGUGGAGGCUAGUGGUUCCACGUAUAUUGAGUUCGAUCAGGUUGAGGUCCCCGUGGCGAAUCUGCUCGGGGAGGAGAAUAAGGGGUUCCCUAUUAUUAUGAAUAACUUCAAUCAUGAACGGUUGUGGUUGGCGUGUACUUCGCUGCGCAUGGCACGGGUCUGUGCGGAGGAUGCGUACAAGCAUGCGAUUACGCGGGAGACCUUUGGGAAGACCCUCAUUGAAAACCAGGUUAUUCGCGCCAAGUUCAGUGUUAUGGGUCGGAGUCUGGAUUCGGCCUAUGCCUGGAUGGAGCAGUUGGUCUACAUGGCGGAUGUGGCGCGCAAGGAAGGCAGGGAUCUGGCCAUGGGAGGAUUGUUUGCUAACCUGAAGGUGUUGGCGGGCAGAACCCUAGAGAUGGUCAAUCGAGAGGCACAGCAGGUUAUGGGGGGGUUGGGGUACUCGAAGAAUGGUCGGGGAUCACGGAUUGAGCAGAUCAGUCGGGAUGUUCGUGUCAUGGUGGUCGGCGGUGGCAGUGAGGAGAUUCUGUCCGAUUUGGCGAUUAACCAGGAAAUUAAGGCUAUGGCCAGGAUGGGACAGAGCCUUUGGGAGGCAAUCUGA